CACUCGCACCACCACCACCUUCCCCCACACAUCAAUCGCAAACCCCCGCAAGUACCACGUCGCAGAUGCCGCAUUAGCUCCGAAAAUCCAAAACCAUUCCUCCCCACCCACCCCCACCUCGCUCCCCCCGCGGCGACGGCGGCCAUGACGACCGGAUCCAACGCCGACCACUACGGCCCGCCCUCCUACCCGCAGCGCCGCCCGCACUACGGGGGCGCCCCGCCCUCCUACGGCUCCUCGGCCUCCUUCCGCGGCUGCUGCUGCUGCAUCUUCAUGCUCGUCAUCUUCCUCGCCCUCCUCGCCCUCGCCGUCGCGCUCGUCGUCGUCCUCGCCGUCAAGCCCCGCAAGCCCCAGUUCGACCUCGACCAGGUCGCCGUCCAGUACCUCCUCGUCGCCCCGCCCUCCCCGGCCGCCUCGCCGAACGUCGCCGAGGCCCCCGCCGCCGCCUACCUCUCCCUCAACAUCACGCUCCUCUUCACCGCCGUGAACCCCAACAAGGUGGGCAUCCGCUACGCCGCCACGGCGUUCGACGUCAUGUACCACGGGGUGCCGCUCGGGGUGGCGGCCGUACCCGGGUUCGAGCAGCCCGCCCACAGCACCCGCCUGCUCCAGACCCGCGUCAUCGUCGACCGCUUCAACGUGCUCCAGUCCGACGCCCAGGACCUCAUCCGCGACGCCGCGCUCAACGACCGCGUCGAGUUCCGCAUCACCGGCGACGUCGCCGCCAAGAUCCUCGUGCUCGGCUUCUCCUCCCCCAAAGUCCAGGUGUCGGUGGACUGCGCGAUCGACAUCAGUCCCAAGAGGCAGUCGGUGACAUACAAGCAAUGCGGCGUGGACGGGCUAAGCGUGUAGGCAGCAAGCGAACCAAGCCAACCUCGCCGCCGCCGCCGCCGCAACACCGCAGAAGCGGAAGCUACUGGUAUUAAUCUAGUGGGGAUAGAUAUAUGUGGAUGGGAAUCUGUACGUCGAUUCUAGUCUCUAAUCUCGGGUUUUGAUUCCUUUGCUGCGCGUGGGGGCCGGGUAAAUUUUGAGCUCUCACCUCACCUCGCCUUAGCAGGUUGAGGUUACCACUGAUUCUUGUGAAUUAUUACUGGAUGCCAUUAGCAGUGAGUAUAUAAAUCAGUCGCCAUGGUUCUUCUUC